UCUCUCUUGUUUUCUUUCUCUAGUCCACUCGACGUCCCUCUUGUUCUCUAUGUGUCUCUCUCAUUCCCGUCAACGCAAAGCAACGUCCUCUUCGUACGGGGCUCCAGAGUACGACGGCCAUCUUGCAUACCUGAGCCUCCGCAUUGCUCGUUCCUCGAGGGCAAAAGGGAGAAUAUCUCAGCGAGACGACGGCGGGAUGCGCGAGGCAAGUCGAAGGUGGAAGGAUCGCGCGUGGAAGAUGGCGAGGAGGGAAAGCUGGAGAGGCAAGUCGAGUGAAAGAGUGGGAGACGAGAACGGGGCCCACGAUCGAAGCAGCGGGCCUUAGGAAAGAAUAAGUGGGAGAGAGAGAGACAGGUCUACCUGUGACUGACAAGGAGACUCGUAUUCUGAUAUAGGCAGUGGCAUGGCAAAAUGGUAGGGGAGAGGAAGAGGGGAAGGAGGAAGGAUGGGAGAUGGGAAAGAGAACCGAGGUAUAGGAGUGAAGAAAAUGAACAUUCGCUGAUGCUAAGAGUGACGAGGAGGGGAGAUCGAACGUUUCUUGACACGAAAGACAGGGAGGGAGAGAGAAACGGAUAAGGAUGAAGUGAGAUUGUUAGAAAGAGCGAGUGGGACCGUUGCAUGGAGCAAGGAGACGCAGUAGAACCAUGGUGUUUCUCAGAGCGGAGAGAGAAGGUGAUAUCGAUAGGCCCUGCUUGCGCGGGGUGAGGCGAGACACAGGUAGAAAGAGAGAGAAGGAGGGAGAAUGGGGAUUCAAAGAACAGUUGGAGGAUAGAGUACAGGGGAGGGGGAGGAGAGAGAGAGGGCCCGAUGGAUCGGAGAGGGACGGCGUCAGCCAGGCCGAAGAAUGCCUCUCCUGGUAGCAGCGAGGUUCUGGGACCGGCUCGGUUCAGUCGAGUCAGGUCAGCCUUCGGGAAGGCGACAUUCUUCUUCGCGGUGUCCACGUUCCGCGUUCUUUCAGGGGCCUUACGUCGCGUUCCGUAGUAUCCCGUCGUGUUUCGUUAUUUCUUCUUUACUGCUACUCUUUUACCCGUUUUUCUCCCUCGGUUUUACCGCCUCCGCGUUUAUACGCGGUUUAUCUUCAUCCCUCUAGAUAACGUCUACCCCGAGGCGUGCGCGCGCACAUACGCGAACCCGUUGUGUUGUUCGUGAGAUUGCUCCACUGAUCGGUGAGUCCGAGUGAGCGCUGCAUCACGAUCGCGUGAACUUCCUGACAAUUUCCGCGAAAGAUAACGCGAGUUUGGCGACGAGUGGCGCGGACUCGAGAGUGAAUCGCGAAUUCGAGUCCCUCGGGCUUCGGUCACGAAACUCGUUUGGUCAGAUUGAUACUUUCGCGAGGAUACACGUAUUUCGCGUAUCGCAUUAUCUCUUCGCGUGUUCCGGAUAUUGAAUGGUGUGCCCUCGUGUCUGUGCAGUGUUUACAUCGCGAGGUUCUGUCAAGUUUAAAAUCCGAGCUUUAGUGAUAAAUGUGGAUUUUGAGGGAUUUGAGUGUUUCGAGAUAUAGCGAGGUAUAGAGAUCGUCAAGAAAAAUCGCUCGUUAACGUUGCCGAUUGUUUCUUCCGACAAAGAUUCGUCGUUCUGAAGUGCAAUAUGACAGAGCGACGCACGUGAUGUAGACGCGUGUGCUUGUCAGAAAAGCUGAAAAAGGAGACCGGUCUUUUUAGAAGAGAAUUUGUUUUUUGUGAGAAGGUGGAAGAUAUAUUCUCUUGAUUUCAAAUCGCAAUCGCGAAUCGCUAAUCGGAAAAUCGUUCGAAACGUUCCCCUCUCGCGCUCGCGAAACAUUUGCGAGCAUCUCUGCAGACGCGCGUUUCGCGAGGCGCGGCUCUCGGCGGGUCACUGCCCCCUCUGCCGGGUGAAGUCUUCUCUCGUAUACACUUGACUUUUAGCGGCGAAGGAAAAGAGGAGUAAAGGAGGAGAGAACCAGAAAGAAAGAUAAGGAAAGAAAGUGUAUGUAAGAGAGAGAGAGAGCAAGAGAGAGAGAGAGAAAAGACACGGAGAAGAAGAGGAAGAAAGACGGAAAAGAAAGCACCCACCAUCUCCGUGUUUAAAUCGGGUCCAGGGGGGGAAAAAUGCGACACACCGGACAGAGGACGGCGAUUCACGUCGUCGCGCGCGAUUAAUCUCCGUCCUUGGAGAAAUGUCGCGGUAUGUGCAAUGCGCUGGUACGUAGACGUGGAAGACGACGACAGGAUUAUCGCCAGCCACGACCAUGAGGAGAAAGAACGACAGGUAGUGCGUAAUCGGAGCGCGCGAUUUUACGCCUACGACGAGUCACCGUGAGCCGAGAUUUGGCCAAGGCAGGUGGGCGUGUCGCGGCGAGACCGAAGAGAUGAUCAUAAGGGAAUCGAUGAUCCUGAUCCUGCUCCUGGGAUUACUGUCGCUGGUGGACCAAAAUGGCGGCCAGGUCGUUAGCCAGGACGCGGUGGCGGUGGCGGCGACGGCGACGGCGACGGUGACAUUGACCGCGUCCGCGUCUGACUAUUUUACUUCGCGCAACCUACCUCAAAGGGUCACACGGUUAGUGCCACGGAGGUCACCAAUGUUGCCGCAGGACAGCGCCGCAAUGAUGGGUCCAGCGAUGCAAAGCAGGACGGUAGACACGCGGGUCCAACUCGAGAUCAGAGAAGGCGAGCCUAAAGGCACCCUGGUUGGUACGAUACCGGUAAAACCUGACUUUACGUACAGGUUUAACGAGCCGCCCCAGGAGUUCGUGCUCGACUCGGAGACCGGCGAGAUAAGAACGGCCAUAGUCCUCGAUCGCGAAGCUCUCACCAGCGAUCGGUUUGACCUGGUCGUGCUUUCGAGUCAACCGACCUAUCCGAUUGAAGUGCGGAUUCUGGUGCUCGAUAUUAACGACAACGACCCAGAAUUUCCGGAGCCCAGCAUUGCAGUUAGUUUCUCGGAAUCAGCCGUGGCCGGUACCAAGCUGUUGUUGGAUGCUGCGACCGAUCGGGACACACCGGAGAAUGGCGUAUUGAACGAUUAUUUUAUCGUAAACGGCAAUACGGAUGGCAAGUUUCGUCUGCAGGUGACAGGAAAUCCCACAAGUGAAACAUCGUACCUGCAUCUCGAGAUUACCGGUAAGCUGGACCGCGAACAGGUGGAAUUCUAUUCGCUCAACAUCUGCGUGCGUGAUCGUGGUCGACCACCGCGACUGGGUUAUCUAUUGGUGAACGUGACAGUGUUGGACGUAAAUGACAAUCCGCCCGUGUUUCAACAAAGCGAUUACGUGGUAACAUUGAAUGAGAGCGCACCAGUUGGCACCAAGGUAUUGACGGUGUAUGCCACCGAUAAGGAUGCGGACGAUAAUUCCAAGCUAACAUAUUUUUUGCCGGACUAUGAGCGUAAGUUUACAAUUGAUCCAGAAACUGGUACAAUUACAACAGCUGAACCGUUAAAAUGUCCUCGACAAGAUUGUUCAGAGACACAUCCAGUCCGAGAUAGUUAUUGUCCUAAGAGCUGCGUCAUUACGGUCUUUGCUCGUGAUCAUGGUUCACCUAAGCAGGACGGUCGUACUUACGUGACAGUAAAUCUAUUGGACGCGAACGAUCAUGAUCCCGUGAUCAAAUUCACUUACUUUCCGCAGAAUGCGGGUUUUGCCACCGUCGAUGAGAACACUGCCAAAGAUGCGAUCGUUGCUGCGGUAGGAGUGAUCGAUGACGAUGAAGGUUUGAACGGUAAGGCUAGCGUGGAGAUACGCGCCGGCAAUGAGCUGGGCCAUUUUCGACUGGAGGUUUCGGAGACUUUUAACAUCGUGCGAGUCGAUGGUCGAUUGGAUCGCGAGGAAAUACCUAAGUAUAAUCUCACGGUAGUUGCCACGGACAAGGGCACGCCGCCCAGAUCAUCCACAGCUUAUCUCGUGAUUCACGUAAAUGAUGUCAAUGAUCACGAACCAGUGUUUCAGCAAAGCGAGUACUCAGCAGUGCUAUCGGAACUCGCGCCGAUCGGCAGUUUCGUCGCCAGCAUCUUUGCCACGGAUGCGGAUUCCGGGCUAAACGCGCGGGUUUAUUACGAGUUCGGUCUGGGUAAUGAGCAAAGUUGGUUCGCCAUUGACACUGACACCGGCUUGGUCACUACUGUGGCUGCCUUGGAUCGUGAAGUUCAAGGUAGUCUCGAGUUACAUGUAUCGGCACGAGACGGCGGUCCGAAUACUAAAUACGCGUCCACGCAUCUCAAAGUAACGAUCCUCGACGAAAACGAUGAGGCGCCACGUUUUUCCGAGAACGUCAUCAAGGUUACAUUGCCAGAGAACACGCCGCCUUAUAGUUUAAUAGCUACUCUCACGGCUGUCGACAAUGACCAGGGUACCAAUGGUAGCGUCGCGUACAGUUUUCACUCCAGUGUUUUGCAUGACUAUCCUAAGACCUUUGCUUUGGAUGCCCUGACUGGUCAGUUGACGACCAUGGUUGCUCUGGACCGAGAAACUAUAGCGGAGUACAAAAUUCUCGUGAUAGCGAAAGAUCAAGGUACGCCAGUACAAUCUUCAACUGCCACCGUGAUGCUAACGUUAGAGGAUGUCAACGAUAACUCGCCGAUUUUCUAUCCCUGGAAAUACUUAAUGUCUGUCUCUGAAGAUGCUCCGGUAGGUACGACGCUUGGUAAAGUAAAAGCGACCGACGCCGAUGCACGGGAGAAUGCUCAGGUGAGAUACACUCUGGAAUCCGGCGGCGAGGGUGGUCUCUUCAUAGUGGAGGAGAGAACCGGUGAGAUUGUCCUGCAAGGUUCUUUACGAGCUGCGCACAAGACUCUUUAUGAACUGACUAUCUCAGCGAAGGACAUUGGCGACCGGGCAGCAACCAGGAACGCCGUAGUAGAGAUUAUACGCGAGGAGGAUUUGGAGCACCUUCAGUUUGACACUUACAAGGGUUAUGACUUUCGCAUUCCUGAAGAUCGUGGCGAUUGCGAUUCUGUCUCGUCUGGUAGUCGAGAGAUUGAUUCGGUGCAUGUUACGCAAUACGACAACACGGGCAAAGUAAAGUACGCCAUAGUAUACGGUGAUCCUACGGGCAAUUUCAAAAUCGAUGAAAAUACUGGCGUCAUCAGCACUGUCGGCUGUCUGGACCGCGAGCGUAUCGCUUUUUAUAGCCUAGAACUGUUGGCGCGCGCCGAUCUCGCAUACGGCCAGACAAUUGUGAACGUCAGCGUACAGGAUGUCAACGAUAAUGCGCCGAUAUUUCCCAAGGGUGAACGAAGCGAUGAAAUUUUCUUGUCGGAAAACGCAGCGGUAGGACAAGAGGUGUGUCUGGCCAGAGCCAGGGAUCAUGAUACCGGCGCUAAUGCCAGGAUUGUUUAUACCCUGAUACACAAUCCGGGCGAGCAGUUUAGAAUCUCCGAGAACGCGGGCAUUAUCUACCUGAACAAACCGAUUCAUGCAUCACCCGGUACGGUCCUCCAUCUAGAGGUAUUGGCAACCGAUUCUGGUGUGCAACCUCUGUCGGCUCAGUAUCAAAUUCAAGUGACAAUCGAAGAUGUCAAUGAUCAUACGCCGGUUUUCCGACUGACCAGCUAUGAGAUUUCGCUACCGGAAUCCACGCCAGUUAACGAACGUUUCUUUUCGUUAACAGCUCAAGAUGCGGACGUCGGUGCCAAUGGCAGGAUAUUAUACAGCGUUACCGAUGGCAAUGUGGAGGGCCGCUUCGGCAUCUUUCCGGAUGGUCAGCUCUAUGUGAAGAACGCGCUCGAUCGCGAAGAACGGGACUAUUACGCGCUUGAGGUCACCGCAUCCGAUCAGGGUAGUCCAUCACGAAGUUCCGUCGUCCCGGUGGUAGUGCACGUGAUUGAUGAGAACGACAAUGCACCUGAGUUCACGAAUAGCAGUUUUAAUUUCCAUUUGCGUGAGAAUGAACCGCCCGACACCUUUGUCGGAAAAUUAUUGGCUACUGAUCGCGACGUCGGUCGUAACGCUGAUCUCAUGUUCUCACUGCCGACCAGCCAGCAGGAUUUCGUUGUUGACCCGAGGAAUGGUUUUAUCAGAUCGCUGCGUAUGUUCGAUCGUGAACUUCUGGUGACCAAUACCGGCGGGAGCUAUAUCAGCCUGGAAGCAACUGUCAUUGAUAACGGCAUUAACCGUCUGCGCGACCGUGUCAAAGUCACCGUUCAUAUCACUGAUGUCAAUGACAAUGUGCCGCAAUUCCAACGUCUGCCAUAUCGGGUGCAAGUGAGUGAGGGUGCCACGCCCGACAUGCCAUUGCUAAGAGUUUAUACGACUGAUGCGGACGAGGGCUUGAAUGGCGAUGUGUUUUAUUCCCUGGAAAACGGUAAUCAGCAUGGCCAUUUCAUGAUAGACGAGGCCACCGGGCAAAUCUCGCUGGCGAGGGAGCUCGAUCGCGAAACGUCCGAUACCUAUGUGCUAACCGUUGUGGCGCAUGAUGCCGGUCUGGAGACGCGACUGUCGUCUAGCGCGACCGUCCACAUCGAGGUGCUUGACGAAAACGAUAACGUGCCUCGCUUUGUUGACAACAAGUCGAGGAUCUCAGUAUUGGAAACUACGCCAAUUAACACCGAGCUGUUACGUUUCAAGGCUAUCGACAACGAUCUCGGUCUCAACAGCGAAUUGACAUUUGCUAUAUCGUCUGGUAAUAAGAGAGACACAUUUUACAUCGAUCCGCUAACCGGUAUUCUAUAUCUGAGGAAACCGCUCGACUACGAAGAGUUGAAAGGUUACACGCUUAACAUCACGUGUAGCGACGGUGGUCACCCGCGAUUCAGCUCGAUCACCAGCCUGACCAUCGAGGUGAUCGACACCAAUGAUAAUCCGCCGGUGUUCCCAAACACGGCAAUAGUACGUCAGAUACGCGAGGGUAUCUCUGCGCGAACGCCGAUCGUCACUAUUACCGCCGAGGAUCCGGAUUCAGGCGAUAACGGCGUAGUCAGAUAUUCGAUUCUCAGCCAGGACCCGGAGGAUCAGGUACAAUACUUCGAAAUCAAUCCGUCGAGCGGUGUGAUCCAUACGUUACUCCCAAUCGAUCGCGAAGAAGUGGACACUUUCAAGCUGGUGGUGGUCGCUACCGAUCAAGCGCAACCGCCAAGCGCACGGUUGUCUGCCGAGAAGCUGGUGAUUGUGAUCGUCGAGGAUGUCAAUGAUAACGCGCCGAUCUUCGUCAGCAUGUCGGCGGUAGUGUUACCGCCUUUGCGCGCCGGCAACUUUAACAACCAUCAAUCCUCGACCAAGGACAUCAUGGUCACGCAGAUGGUUGCUCGCGAUCUCGACUCUAGCACCAACGGUCUGGUGACGUACGAGCUGCUCCGUUCCAGCGUCAACUAUUCGGACAUGUUCCGGAUCUAUCGUAACACCGGUCAGCUCAUCAUGAGACUCCCGCAAUCAUCCUCGAAGGGCGGUCUCUUUGAACGAGUCUCCUCUAAAUAUCAGGUAGGCGUCCGAGCGACGGACGAGGCGGUCCAGUCGGAGCGUCGCUCGUCCGAGACUUACGUAACCUUGAUCGUGCCGAGCGAGAAUGGUGACGAGCAGCCGAUUUGGGAGCAUCGGGGUCAGAUUGAAAGCAAUGUUUACGAAAACGAGCCGAUCGGCACGAGUAUUUUGCGUGUGAGCGCGCGUAGCCGUCGAUCCAACAUCGAGCUCGAGUAUUACGUGACGAACGUGACUGCCGGCGACGGGCCUCAAGUUGAUUGCCUAUUCGACAUCGACACGAAGACCGGCGUAUUGUCCACCGCGGCCAUGCUCGAUCGCGAGACCGGCGUCCAGUGGUACGAGGUGGAACUAUAUGCCAUCGGCAUCGGCGGCACCAGGCCCAGUACGACGUCUACCAAAGUAAGUCCGCUUGGCUUUUUGAUUGAUCGUCCCGGUGAUAUUAAUGAUGCUUCCUUCGUCGGCUCCUGAAAGAUAUUCGGUGCUUUUUGUGCGCUGUGCCACUUCCCCACCCCGCGCGCUCGCCCAGCGUAAUGUAAUUUCUCGAUUGCCGGAUAAGACCCCUUCUCGUGAGGCGGGCGAGCGAACGGAUGAAUCCGGAUUGUCGUUUGCGGCGCGAGAUUCAGCGGGGAUAUUAUAAUUGCUGAACCGAUACCGCGCGAGAUAGAUGUGAUAGGCGCCAGAAUCAUUGAGACACUUGUUCUUGUUUGGUACAUGAUUUCUAUUUUAUUUUCCAAUUUUGCAAUUAUUUUCCUAUUUUAAACUGUGUAGAUAAUGAUAUAAAUGAAAAAAUCAUAUAUAUAUUUUACAUAUAAAUGUGUAUGCGUACACAUACGCGCACACAUACAUAUAUAUUCUAUUAACUUAGGCCGAAAUUACACGUAUAUAACUGACUUAAUAAAAUAAAGUUUUUGUCGAUGUUCCAUAUGUCAUUAAUAACCCUUGAAUAAUUAAUUAUGCAUGUAAAGUUGUUAUCUACUUACAAAUUCGUUUGCUGUCCAUUUAAUUAUGAUGGAAAAAAUAAGAGAAAGCUCGAUUAUUAAAAUUUGUGCAUGUAUGUCCGAAUUUAUAUGUCAUUUUUAGUAUGAAUAGAAUUUUAUUAAUUAAUGCUUCAUUCCUUGUACAUAUUGUAUUAAAAAUUUCUGGAGAAGCAGGAACACAAGUUUUGAUAUUCUCGUUUUCUUUAUUUCACUAUUAUUAUAAUUAAAUGCAUAGUAAGCAGAGUUAUGGAAUAUAAAUAACAAUUUUACAUACGCACACUUAUUAUACACGCUUAAUUAUUGAAAAAUUAUUGAUGAUUCGACAAUAAAAAAAAUUGAUGAUCGGACAAUAAAAAAAAAACUUUAUUAAGUCAAAUGUAUACAUGUGUAAUUUCCGCAUAAUAUUAAUAAAAUGUAUUUUUUGAAGUAUUAAUGUUACUGACGAGAAACAUGAUAAUUACAACUAUUAAUUAUAUAUUUUAAUUAUAUAUAUUUUUAAAUAUGUAAUUAAUUAUUUUUUAAAUAAAUUAAUUUUUUUUAAUUUUUGCUUUUGCUUUUUAUAAAAAAAUAGAUAAUAUCUGUAUUGUAUGAAAUAAUUUUUUAUAAAUUUUAUCCCGUACUUUACAAGAAUGGCAGUACAAAAACUUGACUUUAACAUAUUUUUUAAACUAAAUUAAGUUAAAGGAAGAGGAUUGUAUAAAAUUAAUUUAAUUACAUUAAAAAUUACGUACACACACUACACACACACACACACACACAAACAAAAACCUACAUAAAAUAUACAAUAAUAUAACAAUAUUUCUAUUCGUCUAUUCUGUUGAUGCUAUUCUCGCGUUCAUCAAUUUCUCCUUCUCACUCUCGAUGACACAAUAAUUAGAGCGGCAACGUACGCACGCCGCAUGUCUUUCUCUCACCAGACAAGUGAUAAUUCGACCAACUGAGAAUUGCGUUACACAACACAAUACCCUAAUGCAAUUAAAGACGGAGAUAGAGUGAUAUAAAGAUAGAGGGAUAAAAGGAAUUAGAGAGUAAAAGGAGGAGAGAGAGAGAUUGAGAGAGAAUGAAAAAGUGACGAAGGGAGCAAGGAAAAGAGAAAUUUUCGGAGAUGAGAAGCGAUGGAUGGAAGGACAACACGCGUGUGUGGAAAAGGUCGUGCUCCUCUCGUGCGAUAGGUAGAGAAAGAAGAUGCAAAGGAAGAGAAAGAAGAGAAGAAAGAGGAAGAAAAGAAGGAGGAGGAGAAGGAGGAGCAAGAAAAAGAGAGGAAAGAGGGGGAUCGUGAAUACGAACGGUUUACAGCCGGUUCAGUGCUGCAUAAAUAGGGCUUAGGACCCGGGACGUUUUCUCAAAUUACAGGGCGCGUUUCAAAUUUAUACGAAAGCAUCGCGCCGCACCGCCACCGCCACCGCCACCACCGUCGCCGUCUGGUCUCGUUUUAUUAGAAUGAAGCAUAUCCUAAUUAAUUCGAGCUUUUUUACUUCAUACUUGUACAGGAUGGCCCAUGAAUCGCAAUUUUGUCUUUAGUGAUAGAG